AGACAUAACCUACGUCAUAGAUAACCUUAUUUCUGAAAUUAAGGUUCGCUCGCUGUGUUCCAGCUUUCCCCAACUACUUCGUUCCACAACUUUGUUGCAGUAUUCCAUUUGGGAUUUCGUGCAAUUGAUCUGUUUUUGUGGUUUCUUGUCAUUUUGGACUAGUAGUAACACACAUUUAUUUUUAAACGACUUUUUUUGAUAACAAAUUGAAACUGCUUGCUAAUAAAACCUUUUUUUUUCAGGAUACCUGUUCUCUCUUUUAACGCUCGUUCAACUAUACGUUUUGGCUUUAAAUUAGCCUUUUGACUGUGUUCGACAAAUACAGUACCUCAAUUUCUCUUUUCACUUCCUGAGGUUACAUCUCUCUUUUUUUUUUGUUGCUUCUCUCUUUGUAAAGAAAUAAUCUUUUGUUUUUACAUAAUGUCAUCAGAUGAAAUGGAUAGUUCAGUUCAUUUGGAAACGCUUAAGUCUAUGGGUAUGUCGGAUGAAGAUGCCCGUGAGUCCCUUCGUCGGUGUCAAAACGAUGUUGCGAAUGCUGCAGACUACUUCUUUAGUGGUCGUUUGAAGCAAGAUAGAAUGGAGUCUCCUUCAGAAAUGUCACAAUCCUGCUCCAGUCUGCCCAGCUAUCAGGAUUCAUUCUUUAAUCCAGAGCCGAGUCUCCGUAAACGUCUGCCUAAUGAUUGUGGUUGUAUCAUAAAACCAAGUGUAAUUUUUCCCAUCUUGGCACCAUUUCUGCUCGUCCUUCACAAAAUACCACAAGCCGUUCAAGCAUUCUACAGUGAGGCUGCCAACACGUUGCAUCAGCAAUCAAAGGAUAAUCUACCUCCUAACGGCUGGUGGUGCGGUGAGAAAGACUGUCUUCCCGCGAAGUUGAAUCCGCAAGCCGCAUUGCAGCUUCAGUUGUGCCGGACAAUGGCCUUUCUUAGUUUGUCUAAUCGUCUAUACUUGGACAACACAAACGUAACAAGUGCUUACUACAAGGUGGCAUCAGCUUUCGGAGACAAUUUGUUGGGUUUAUCAGAGUACGAAUGUCUGUCUCGGUUCUUUAGCUACUUUUCAUCUUCACCGUCCCCCCUUUUUUCACGUACAUUCCUUACUUCUUACGUCUCAACAAAUCAUCAACAUUGGGGAAACCAUGCUGUGUUGCAGCUUGAUGCACCUUCAUACUUGGCCCCGCCAUUAUCUGUCGAAGACUGUUUACAAGCUCGUCUUUUUCAAAUUGACAAGUCUGUCGAUGACUGGCUGUGGAUGGAAAAUGUUGCAGAUGUAUGUAGCAUCCUUUUUACAGGUAACAAUACCGAAAACAGUGCUCCCGUGCGCUUGAACCCUUUACUCCAAUUAGGAAAGUUCAUCAAAAGUAAUCGAGACCAAGUCCUGCAAAAAAUGAAGCAUGAACGUGUUUACAGAGACGCCCUUUCCCGGUGGGAAACAUCAUAUAACAAAAUGUUGGGUCGCAAUAUUAGUGAGAAAGACAUGCCAACCCUGCUCGACGAUGCACUCUUGCUUUUGAAAAAAAGGAAUCCUUCGCUUGCUGAUCAUGUAGAGUUGUUGAAACAAUCGGUCAACAUCCGUUUACGGUCAACGCUGGCAAAGACUGAAGCAACUCAACAAAAGCUUUCUGUUCUGUAUAACGACGUUGCUGGUGAUUGUGAACGUCAUCUUCAAGCGGUACUAUUAGAGCCUUCACUCUUGUUUUUGCGAGUGCCGCAAAACAAUCUGAUGCAGAUGAAUACCGAAACCAAUCCUGGCGAAGACCAGCAGCCUUCAACCGGUGUCCACACAGCUCCUCCUAGCGAUUGGUAUCAGGUGUCAUUUGUAUCAAAUGGUUCACUCUUAGAAAACGAUAACAUUUGCGAUGUCCAGCGUGUCAAUUUUGACAGCGUGAGUCUGACUUUUGAGACGCAUCCUUCGUUCCACUCACGCAUUCUUGUGUAUGUGUCGUUAGAGGCCCUGUGUUCUGCUGAUCCCACUGUGCCAGAAACACUCAGAACUUUUAUCGACAAUGACAGUCGGCUUUUUGAACGUGAACUCGAAGAGCAAGAAUCGAAUAGUAUGAUGGCGCAAUCUAAAAUCUUUGAACAAAUGCAAAUCCCCGUCCCCGCUGAAAAUAUUGUUCAAGAACCUUCGCUUAUUGACUGUGAGCCACCGGUCGCAUCUUCUUCUCAACAACCAAAGGAACCAACCAGUUUAAAAGAUUGACGCAAUUCACAUGUUCUCACGAGUCUAAUCUUUUAAUCUUGAGUUGUAUGAAACGUUAUGUUUGUUUUAAGGGUUCGCUGGACCAAUGCUACCCGGGCAAUCUCAACCUUAGUCCUACUUACUCAUCUGCGUACGCAUGCAUAUAUCUACUAUCACCUCGAUCCAUUCCCCACUAUUUAAAGCAAAGCAGGAAUUUCAUUAAGGACGUUUAUGGCAAUGCGGACUCGAACAACAAAAAAAAAAGAAGUAUAAGCAACCUUAACACACGAUAUGAGAGGAAACCAGAAACAAAAACAGGGAAGAGGAAGUUCCAAAGGAGAUAGAAUGGAUGGACUAAAUGAAAUACACGCUACUGUGUAAUUCGUCCACACACUUACGUACAGCCAAGGAACGCAAAACAUGAAAGGAAGAACAGACGAUGUGGAGGGUAUAAAGAAGCUGUAAGAACGGUUCCAUCAGAAAUAACGUUCUAAGACAGAAAAGCGUUCAUUCCGUUACCGCCGGGUCUGCUAGCAGUACCUCGUAACUAAGUAAUGAACUUAUUAUGCUUCUUUCGGGUUCUCCUUUGCGUUUAACAGCGAUGCUUGCAGCGAGGACACCGGUUUUCCCCUGCAAUGUCGUCAGCACACAUAUUCCACGUUCGUCGCGUCUUCACUUACUUUGUGUAGUAUUUUUUCUUAUGAGCUUGCAGUUUUGCCGUACAAGGGCUCAUCAAAUUGUCUGUGGGACUGGCAAACGAAGGACCAGCUUUUGGAACGUUUCUCGCUUGAAACACCUGCUUGUGCAAGUUGUUUAAGUUUCCUUGAUGCAGAGGUUGAAUCGGCACUUCGAUUUGUUCAGCAGGUUUCGUUUCCUCUUUCGAUUCACUCAUUUUGUUUUGUUUACACUGUUAACGCGUAUCGUUUUGUAGUUGGCCUUUUGUAGAGGUGCUGCUGGCGUUUAUAAAUAUGGUUGCCAAGGCAACGCGAAUUUAAAGUGUACGUGUAAACAAAUAAACAAACAAGUUUAUUGUGACGCGUCGCAUGCACGAAGACGGA